CAAAGAGGCGAAGGCUCAAAACAAAAGACCAGCGAUGAAGGAGAAAGCCGUUCUGAUGGUGGAGAACGCUGCUCUGACAGAUCAGCUCAAACACUGGCAGUGGCAGCGGCAGCAGGCCGAGACCAGACUGGCAGAGGUGAGGAGAGAACUACACCAACUCAACCAUGAGCUGGACGAAGCUGAUGAAGCACUGAGGCAGUGCAAGAAUGAGUCAGCACAGACAAUAGAAGAACUACAGGCUCAGUUGGACCAUGUGGUGCUGCAGUUCCAGCAGGACAUGGAGAAUCAGGCCGAGGCGCACGAGGAGAAGCGCCAGCUUCUUCGCCAUGAGAUUGAGGAUCUUCAGGCUCAGAUGCGAGCUCAAGAAGUCCUCGAGGUGGAAACAGCCAAGAAGACCCAGGAACUGGAGCAGGAACUUGGACAAUGGAAGACCAUGAAAGUUUAUCAUAAGGAAGUACAGGCCCACCAGAUGCUCACAGCAGCUUUUAAAAAAUCAGGGGGAGAAAAGAGAGUGAAGGAGCUGCAGAAAAAGAAGAGAGCGGCGACUUUGGACGCCAAGCUUGAGCGUGGAAAAAGAUGCCCUUUGGUGAACAAGUGUGGCGGUGACAUCGCUAAGUUUAUAUUAAGAGUGUGAUGUUGGCCCAAGAUAGAAAACAUUUUUAAUUAAACCAACCAAAGCAGCAUAAAUAAAUGGACCUUUGACUUUCAUGUCGAUUUGCUGUUCACUCUUAACACGUUUUUAAGUAUUAAAUCCAGCAUCAAUUCCAAUUAAUAGUCUUUCAUAUCAGAUAUGUGUCACAAAAUCCUAUUCUUAGCUUUCCUCUGUUUUGCUGCGGCUUAAGUGUCUAACUUCCACACAAACUAAGGGAGAGUUGCUUUUAAGAAAAAGCCCUGUGUGAAACAGCAUGGGAUCAUCCUGACUAGCAAAGUUAAUUCCUACUUCUUUGCGAGGGCUGCCAGAGUUUUUGCCCAGCAUACAUGUACCUGAGUUUUUCCAAGCCCAAAAGUGGAUUUCCAGAUGUGAACACAAACCAGGCAACAUGUGUGGUACAUGUCGUGUGAGGAAUCCUAUAUU